AUGCGUUUGAAGAAAGUACCGACAAAGGGAAAGAACGAUUAUUCGAGUAAUCCACUUAUUGAACAAUACGGUCAAAAUGAUUUGACAAGACCAGGUGAAAACGGAACACCAGUCAUAUUUAGUAAAAAAGACAAAAGUACUGUAUCUAAAAUAAUGAAUGAAUACCGCGUCAACAUAUUGGCAAGUGACAUAACACCUCUGAACCGUAUGGUACCAGACUCCAGAAUGAAAAGUUGCCAAAAUAUAAAAUACGAUCAUGAUUUGCCUACCGCAAGUAUUAUCAUACCAUUUCAUGAUGAAUGGCCAUCGAUUCUGAAACGAACUAUGUAUAGUAUAGUGAACAGGACUCCAAGACAUCUUCUUCGUGAGAUAAUCCUUGUGGAUGAUAAAAGUACAUUCGAGGCACUAAAUGUACCACUUAGCAGAUAUGUAAAAGAAAUGUUUCCGAAAGGAUUAGUAAAAAUCAUUCGCAAUCCUACUCGUGAAGGGUUAAUCAAAUCUCGUAUGAAUGGAUGGAGGAAUUCUACAGGUGAGGUUAUUGUAUUUUUCGAUAGUCACAUGGAAGUAAAUAUAGAUUGGUUGCAGCCGCUAUUAUCAGCGAUUAAACAUGACAGACGAACGAUAGCAAUGGGAAACUUGGACUAUAUUCAAGCCGAUACAUUUGAAUACCAGUUCUACCGACGAAAUCAUAUUGUCCGUUAUGUAUUUGACUGGCGUCUGUAUUUCUGGGAGUCACGGUUUAGACCGGAUCAAUAUGGACCCACAGCAGAAGAUAUGCGUCCAGGGGCUGUAAUGGUCGGUCCAGCUAUGGCAGUGGACAGUGAGUAUUUUAGUGAAAUCGGAGCUUAUGAUGAAGGGAUGAAAAUAUGGGGAGGAGAAAAUUUAGAAUUACCCUGGAGGGUAUGGAUGUGUGGCGGGAAAAUGGUGCAUAUGCCUUGUUCCAAGGUAGGACACAUAGCUCGACCACAGCCAUACUCUUUUCCGUCAGGCAGACGCCAGACUGAAAUGUAUAACUAUAAACGGGCUGUUGAAGUUUGGAUGGACCAAGAAUAUAAAAAGUUUGUAUACGACUUCUUUCCUGAAAUGAAAAACAUGGAUGUCGGCGAUUUAUCUGAACGAUUGGCACUAAAAGAAAAAUUGAAGUGUAAAAAUUUCACAUGGUAUCUGGAAAAUGUAAGACCAGAAUUGCUGGUUUAUGAUAAAAACGUGUUUGCCUGGGGAUCUGCUAAAAAUAUGAAAUAUGACACGUGCCUUGAUAAUAAUGGCUACCUGUUAACAUAUGAGACAGACUUUUAUUCCAAGAACUGUACCGGACAACUGAGAAGGCAAGGGUUCUCAUGGACAAGGGAUAUGUUAUUAAGAACCACACUUCAUUGUGUAGCUUUGACAAAGUUAGCAGAAAACACUAGACCAAAAUUAGUUUGCUGUAUAAUUGGCCCCAAACAAACAUGGGAACAUAAAAAGAAUCACUAUAUUAAACAUGAACAGAGUGGACUGUGUCUUGAUCAGGACGAACAUGGUCUUAUUAUGCGUAAAUGUUCCACAAAAAUAGGAUCACAGAACUGGACAUUCACGCAUUAUAACAUAUGA